CGUCGUGCUCCGCGACUAGUAUCCCGCAACUGUGUACAAUACAAUCGCACGUAAGCGCCGACCGGUUGCAGCCGCCGCCGCCGCGAUCUUCGGAUCGCCGUCCCGCGAUCAUCACUGCGGUCGCGACAUGCUGCUAAACCAAAGAUUGCGGCUGGGCGGCGGCCUGUUGGCGCUGGGUGUCGUGGCCCUGUUCGCGGCCCACCCGCCACUGGUCAGGGGCGGUAGCUCGCACAACCUGGAGAGCCACCAGUACAAGGACUCCAGGAAGUGUCUGUUGCAGCUGACGGCCCGGACAUUGGGUUGUGGCGGUGGCGUCAGGCGAACGGUCGUGACGACCAAACGUCGGCCAGACAAACGCCAACAUGGCGGCGAAACCGACAACGAUUUGGAUCAGAACAACAAUAAUUUUGAUUACAAUUACGACGACGACGACGGCGGCGGUGGCGGUGACGGCGGCGAUGAUUCCGAGACACGGCAGACGUUUUACGAACCACCGCUGAUCACUGACCCGAGGGACAGGAUGUUGCCGGUCAUCUACAGCCCGAGGCCCAUGUACGCGCCGCCACGCCAUCAGCAGCAACAGCCGCAGCAACAGCAACAGCCGUACAACAGGUACGACGACCAAGGCGUCGCCCCGAUCAGCCCGUUCGAGGUGCCCAUCAUCAUCGGUAGUUAUCAAAACGUCGACGUAAAAUUGAAUCAAGAUAUGCUCCCAGAGUGUCCACCCACCGAAGAUGGAUUUGAACGGUUCGCAUGUCCUUCUCCUGACAAGGAAGGACGAUUCAGGUGCAUAGACGAUCACGUUCUAUGUGACGGAUACAUUGACUGUCCAAAUGGUGACGAUGAAGAUAGAAAGAAUUGUUUCUUCUUCAAAACAACUAAAGCUCAUCUGGACAUACUGGCAGACGCUCUUCUUCGAUGGGCAAGAGGACGCUAAUCCAAAAUUUAAUUUAAAAUAAUAUCUUGAUAAAACACGACAAUUUUAAUUCAAAAACCAUAAUUUCAUUCAACAAAAUAACUCUCCUUCUAUAGGUUUGAUUGAAAAAUAUUUUUUUUCCCAGAAACUAAUUUAAGUUACUUAUAAAAAUUGUUCGCAUAACAUGCGCGCAAACAAACGACAAAAACAAUUUACAGGAUAAAAUGGAGGCCUGGAAUACAAAACGCUUUUUGGCGUACUACUACUGAUGUUACACCGGUAAACAUUUCAAAAGUCUAUUAAAUUAUAAUAUUAACCACGUUUUCCUUUUUUAUGUGCUCAUAACAUUAUAAUUUCAUUUUAAUACUACUGAGUUCCUACAAUAGUUGUUGUUACCAAGCAUGUGUCAUGUUGAUGUAUAUUUGUACGGGUUGUAUAUUAAGUUAUUGGUUUUUUUUUAAAACUCUAUCUGUGGUCACUGGUCAAUCAGAUCUGUGAAUGAGAUCGCAAUAAAUCAUUGUGUGUUUAUUUAAA